UUUUGUUGAAUCAAAUCUGUAGUCAAAGCUGUAAUUAUCAGCAAUUAUGCCAAAAUUGAGUUCAAUAGUUCAAAGUCCAAACCUAAUUGCCAAAAUUGAGUUCAAUAGUUCAAAGUCCAAACCCCCAAAAGUUGUUUAUUCAUUUCUAACUUUCCUCUCCAUCUUCUCUAGCCUCUCUGCCUGAAGUCAAUGGACGUCCUGCUACGAUCGUUCGCUAGCAUCAACACGGAAGCGGGAGUAGCCAUUGAACCCUAAUUCUAACUAGAGGGCAACUCUCAGUUCUUCUAUCUGCGACUAUACCUAGUGCUUCAAGGAGGAAGAAGCCUCUAGAUUUCGCCAUGGCGAGAUCGAGGUUUCAGAGUACCCUCUUUCUAUCUGCGACUAUACCUAGUGCUUCAAGGAGGAAGAAGCCUCUAGAUUUCGCCAUGGCGAGAUCGAGGUUUCAGCAUACCCUCUUUCUUCUCAUGCUCACUUCCAUGAUAGCCGUUUCGGUAGCCCUGGAGGAUGAUGUGAAGUGUCUCAAGGGUGUGAAGGGCUCGCUCAGCGAUCCUCUGGGGAAGCUCAGUUCUUGGGACUUCUCCAACACUUCAAUCGGUUACAUCUGCAAGUUCGUCGGCGUUUCGUGCUGGAACGAGAGGGAGAAUCGCCUGAUCGGUCUGUCUCUCCCAACGAUGACGCUUUCUGGACAGAUCCCUGAAUCUUUGCAGUACUGCCAGAGCCUCCAGACCCUCGAUCUGUCCGGUAAUAGUCUCACUGGUUCGAUCUCUUCUGAUUUCUGCACCUGGUUGCCGUACCUUGUAAGCCUAGAUCUGUCUAGCAACGAUCUCUCGGGCCCCAUCCCAUCGAAGCUUGUUAAGUGCCAGUAUCUCAACACCCUUAUCCUCAAUGAUAACCAUCUCAAGGGUUCCAUACCUUACGAGCUCUCGGGUCUCAGUCGUCUCAAGAAGUUAUCGGUUGCCAAUAACUAUCUCUCUGGCUCGAUCCCUUCCUUCUUGUCCAAUUUCGACCCCGCUGGCUUCGAUGGCAACAGCGGACUCUGCGGCAGUCCUCUUGGAAAUAAAUGCGGUGGUUUGAGCAAGAAAAACCUCAUCAUCAUCGUAGCUGCUGGUAUUUUUGGUGCCCUCGUUUCACUGCUGUUAGGUCUCGCACUCUGGUGGUGGUGCAUCGUCAAGUCCAGUCGUCGCCGCCGCAGGAGAAGACAUGGUACUGGGAAAGAUGAUGAUAGCAGUUGGGCGCAUCGAUUGAGGACUCACAAGCUCGUUCAGGUCUCCUUGUUUCAGAAACCGCUUGUAAAGAUCAAAUUAGCCGAUCUAAUGGCUGCUACUAAUAAUUUUGACCCGGAUAACAUUAUCAUCUCCACCAGGGCAGGAACUACCUACAAGGCAGUUCUCUCGGAUGGAUCCGCCCUUGCGAUCAAGCGGCUCAACACUUGCAAGCUCAGUGAAAAGCAAUUUCGCUCUGAGAUGAACAGAUUGGGGCAGCUUAGACAUCCGAAUUUGGUGCCCCUUUUGGGGUUCUGCGUCGUCGAAGAUGAGAAGCUUUUAGUGUAUAAGCAUAUGGCUAAUGGGACUCUUUUCUCUGUAUUGCAUGGCAGUGCUGCAACUAGAAAUUCGUUGGAUUGGCCGACGAGGCUUAAGAUUGGUACUGGUGCGGCCCGGGGUUUGGCUUGGCUUCACCAUGGUUGCCAACCCGCUUUCCUGCACCAGAACAUAAGUUCUAACGUGAUCUUCCUUGAUGAAGAGCUUGAUGCUCGUAUAAUAGAUUUUGGGCUAGCAAGGCUCUUGAGUUCUGCUGGCUCUAAUGGAAGCACUUUUGUACAUGGGGAUUUUGGAGAAUUUGGUUAUGUGGCUCCUGAGUACUCAAGCACCAUGGUUGCCUCAUUGAAAGGAGAUGUUUAUGGUUUUGGGGUAGUGCUUCUGGAGUUGGUGACUGGGCUGAAGCCACUUGAAGUCACUAAUGCGGAGGAAGGAUUCAAGGGAAAUCUAGUAGAUUGGGUCAAUACUCUGACAACUGCUGGUCGGAACAAGGAUGUCAUUGACAAGUCUCUCCUUGGAAAGGGCCACGAUGGUGAAAUUAUGCAGUUUCUAAAAAUUGCUUGUGGUUGUGUGGUUACUAGGGCAAAGGAUAGGUCGACUAUGUACCAGGUUUACCAGUCAUUGAGGACCAUCAGCGAGAGCCAAGAUCUCUCUGAACAAUUCGAUGAAUUUCCACUAAUCUUUGGAAAACAAGAUCCUGAUCAUCUGGAGUAACUUUGGGGACAUAAGACAGGAGAAGCUAGAGAGAACAUUUUGAAUGUCUUGAAUCUACAUGCUUACGGCAUCUAUGCGUCUUAUGCUAAAUUUUGAAAGGCUUGGUAGCUAAAUGGUAGGAUUUCAUUUCCCCAGGCUUUUCCUAUUACAAUCCCCAUUUGUUGGAUAAAUCUGUAUAAUACAAGUUUCUUGAACUGUAGCUUUCAACAUUCGUGGAAUCUGUUUGUUCUCAUUCUGGCAAACACAAUCUAUGUAGUGGAUUGAUAUUUAUGAAAUGCCCUUGUUGGGAAUUCUGGAAUCACUGUUCAUGAUGAUACCAGGAUUUUUAAUGUGAUUCAAGAUCGAUUCAUUCCUUAAA